AGGCAGCCCAUGGACGAGGGCGAGCUCUGAAGCCGUCCCGGCCGCAGCCUCCCCGCCGGCCCCCGGGAUCCCCCGGCGCAGCGCCAUGGAGACGGUGGGAAAGUUUGAGUUCAGCAGGAAGGAUCUGAUCGGGCACGGAGCCUUCGCCGUCGUCUUCAAAGGCAGGCACAAAGAGAAACCUGAGCUGGAAGUAGCGGUGAAAUGUAUUAACAAGAAGAACCUUGCAAAAUCACAAACACUCCUGGGCAAGGAAAUAAAAAUUCUUAAGGAAUUGAAACAUGAAAACAUUGUUGCCUUGUAUGACUUCCAGGAACUGGCAAACUCUGUCUACUUGGUUAUGGAGUACUGUAAUGGUGGUGACCUGGCAGACUACCUUCACACCAUGCGGACACUUAGUGAAGACACCAUCAGGCUCUUUCUCCAGCAGAUAGCAGGUGCCAUGAAAAUGCUGCACAGCAAGGGCAUCAUCCAUCGGGACUUGAAGCCACAGAAUAUUCUCCUUUCCUAUGCUGGAGGCAGGAAAUCAAAUCCCAACAACAUUCGCAUAAAGAUCGCUGACUUCGGGUUUGCCCGGUACCUGCAGAACAAUAUGAUGGCAGCAACACUGUGUGGUUCACCUAUGUACAUGGCACCAGAAGUCAUUAUGUCACAACACUACGAUGCCAAAGCUGACCUCUGGAGUAUAGGAACCAUCAUUUAUCAGUGUCUAACAGGAAAGGCUCCCUUUCAGGCCAGCAGCCCACAGGAUCUCCGCCUCUUCUAUGAGAAAAACAAGAUGCUGAUGCCCAACAUCCCCAGGGAGACAUCAAGCCACCUGAGGCAGCUCCUGCUGGGCCUCUUGCAGCGUAAUCAUAAGGACCGCAUGGACUUCGAUGAAUUUUUCCAUCACCCAUUCUUGGAUGCAAGUGCCUCUAUGAAAAAAUCUGCUUCCGUGCCAAUGCCUUCUUAUCCCAGUUCUGGCUCUGGUAGUUCCUCUAGCAGCUCAUCCACUUCCCACCUGGCAUCACCUCCUCAGUCCCUUGGAGAGAUGCAGCAGCAGCUGCAGGAGAAGGCGCUGGCAUCUCCCACCCAGGAUUCUCCCGGGUUUCUGCAUGGAUCCAAGGACUCUGCAGGAAGCAGCAGCAAGAAUUCCUCCUGUGACACUGAUGACUUUGUCAUGGUCCCAGCACAGUUCUCAAGUGAUUUGACUGCUGAGGCUGCAGGAGGGAAGCCAAUCCAGGACAGUCUGAUGUACAGUGGGAGCUCCCUGGUGACUUCAGCAGGCUUGGAAAGCCAGGGAAGGACACCAUCUCCAUCACCCCCAUACAGCAGUUCCCCAAGCCCAUCUGGCCGGCCAGGGCAGUUUUCCAGCAGCAAGUACGGACACUCCGUGCCCAUCCCAGUCCCCACACAAAUCCACAACUACCGUCGGAUCGAGCAGAACCUGCAGUCUCCCAACCCGUACUCCUCCCCCCGGUCUGGUGCGGUCCGGAGGUCCAGCAGUACAAGUCCUCUUGGUUUUCCCAAAACUGGUGCUUCCCCUCCUUAUCCUGGAGAGCAUGGAUCCGUGCCCAGCACUAAAAAGCUCUCCUUUGGUGGUGCCAAGCCGUUUAUGCCAUCACCACAAGUUGGAACAAUCCCAGAGCAGCCCAGCCAGACUGUUAUCCCAUCUUCUCUUGGAGCAGAAGUGAGAAGCCGUGUUCCUGCUGCUGGUUCCUUGGCACCCGAGCAGUCUCCUCGAGGGAUGGGCUCCCGGCUCCACAGUGCUCCCAACCUGUCGGAUUUGCAUUCCUGCAGGCAGAAGAUAACCAAGCAGCACUCUGAUCCUCUUGUUGCUCACUUUGGUCAUACCCCAGUCAGCCAGCCUCUGCAGAUUCAUGGCUUGCAGCACUGCCGGCAGCUCCGAUCCUCACCAAAGCUCUCUGAGUUCAUGCAGAGAAGCCCUUUGCCAACAAUAAUGGGCUCCCCUACAAAGGCUGUGUCCCCAUUUGAGUUUCCCAAAACCCCAAGUUCCCAGAAUCUCCUCACCCUGUUGGCCCAUCAGGGGGUCAUGAUGACUCCCACACGGAACAAGACCUUGCCAGAUCUGAAGGAGAUGGGUCAUUUCCACUGCCAGCAGACUGGGUUGGGAUUGAGGCCUGUGGAAGAGAUCAAGGGCAGAUCUCUGAGCACAGGCAGGCUCACCGACCUGCUUCUGAAGGCAGCCUUUGGGGCACAGAUCUCGGAAGCUGGCAGCAGCGACAGCCUGAACAAUGAGAAGCCAAUGGAAAUUGCAGCUCCCUCAGGUGCUUACGGAGGGACCCUGCACUCUGGUGCCCGGGCUGGGGGCUCUGCCAGCCCAUCCCCAGUGAUUUUUACUGUCGGAUCCCCUCCCAGUGGAACAACCCCCCCACAGACCACGAGGACCAGGAUGUUUUCAGUGGGGUCUUCCAGCUCUCUCAGCUCUGGAGGCUCCUUCAGUGGGAGGCACUUGGCCGUGGGAGCUGCAGGGGAGGCUCUGGAGGGCCCCUCGAGUCUCCGGUACACUUUUGCUGAUCCCAUCACUGCCAACCUGGAAGGUGCUGUCACAUUUGAGGCACCAGAGCUGCCUGAAGAGACGCUCAUGGAGCAAGAGCACACGGACAUCCUGCGCAGCCUGCGCUUCACGCUGGCCUUCGUGCACUACGUGAUGGAAAUCGCUGCUCUGAAGGGCAGCUCCAGUGACAUGAGCAGCUCGGGGACAUCUGAGUACCAACUCCAGGAGAGCGUGGUGGCCGACCAGAUCAGCCUCCUGAGCCGGGAGUGGAGCUAUGCAGAGCAGCUCGUGCUGUACCUGAAAGUGGCAGAACUUCUGUCCUCGGGGCUGCAGAUGGCCAUUGAGCAGAUCAAAGCUGGCAAGCUGUGCCUCUCCUCCACUGUCAAGCAAGUUGUGAAGAAGCUAAACGAGCUUUACAAAUCCAGUGUAUCCUCCUGCCACUGCCUCAACAUGAGACUGCAGAGGUUCUUCUUGGACAAACAGAAGCUCAUGGAUCGGAUCAACAGCAUCACUGCAGAGAAGCUCAUCUUCAGCUAUGCUGUGCAAAUGGUGCAGUCUGCAGCCCUGGAUGAGAUGUUCCACCACAGAGAGGACUGUGCACAGAGGUACCACAAGGCUCUGCUGCUAAUGGAGGGGCUCCUGAACAUCAUCACUGAACAGGGAGACAUAGAAAACAUCAGUAAAUGUGACCUGUGCUGUGGUGGGAAACCAUUCUGGCAGUGGGACACCUGGAGGAUGGACUGCUCAGUGUUCUGUUUUUGGACGUUUUGGGAAGUUGUUCCACAGACUCAGAUUCCUUUGUGGGGACGUGUGACUGCAGCAAGCACAAAUACUUCCCUGCCCAAAGGCCUGGGUGAAGACAUAGCUCAUGUGGAAAGGUCUCCCUCGUUGUCAGAGGGGGUGAAGGAUAGAAGUCUGCUUCUUCCCAGCACUUUGAAGGACAAGACUGCUGCCUCUCCCUCUUGCUUAAGAACAGGGUAUUCCAGUGCUGUGUCCAUUGCAGGCAAUGGAUGUGCUGAAACUGCUGGCUUCAGUUGAUGUCCAAGUGUGUCAUUCAGACAUAAAGGCCAGUCUGUGUACUUUCCAGCUGAGAGCCGGGCAUCUUCAAGCUCCCUGGCAACUGGAGCCAGUUGAGGCUUCCCUUCACUCUCUCCUUUGUCUUUUCUCCUUGUGUUUAUGCCUUGGAGUGCUUGGAGAGGGAGUUGGCAUUGUGAAGCAGCUCCCGCCUCUGCAGACUUGCUGAGUGAGGCAGAGGACCUGAGGCUGCUGGGAAGCUUGGAAAUCUCUUGGCUGCUGCGUGGGCUCCCUGUCUGCCUGCCUGGAUGGGCAAACAACACGGGGAAAGGGGCCGUGCAGGAAACAGGAGGGCAGCAGAAAGCAUCACACUCCUGUGUUCAUAAGAAGCCAAAAUGAAUCCGUUCCUCGCUUGGUCCCCCGGCUCAGUGGGAUCAGUGUGAAAGACUCGUGGCUGUUGAGCUCGGCCUGUCAGCACGUACCUACCUGGAGGAAGCACUGGCUCUGUCCUGCUUUCAGCUGUUGGCUCAAUAAACCCUUCCCUGGAGCCCCCCAAACUGAAAACACUAGCUUUGUGAAUCAAAGGAGCACUUUACACACUAUGGGAACUUUGAGAAGUUGAUUUUGCAUCACACAACAAUCCAGGAACAUCACGACUGUUAGGAAUGCUGUUCUUUUUAUUCCUUUCCUUGCUUCCUGGUUGUUUUAUUGCACUACGUGUGUGCGUAUAUUAAUAUGUAUUCCUAAGAGUGAAUAUAUAUUGAUAUUGAUAUGGUUUGUGUGUAACUGUACGUAUUUAACUGUACUGUAUCUCGUGAGUGUGAGGCAAAGAGCACUGCAGAGUCUGUGCUGUUCCUCCUCCACACCAGGCAAAGCUGACUUACAGUCUGGCAGUACCAAGAUUUGUUUUUUAUUUAAAUGUUCUUUUAAGGACAGUCAUUACAAAGCUCCAUGCUUUUUAAGAGCUGAGAACAGGCGUUAGGAUCCCACACACUUGGAAACGCAUUUUUAAAGAAGUGUUAUUUGCUGCUUUGUUUUUGUUUGUUGGUUUGUUUCUUUUUUUUUUUAUAAAGAAAUCCCGUAGCGUUCAGUUUCAUGUUCAGCAUUUCUUUCAAGGAGACUCUGUAGCCAAAUGCGACUGCGGGUGUGAGUGGCUGGAGUUGUGGCUGAGGCUUUGGGUGCUGUGAGCAUGUGUGUGAGAGGGGAGCUGCCUGCCUUCCAUCUGUCCGUGACAGCAUGAGUGUGACGUUCCAGAGUCGUGGCAGUGUUGUGGUAGCGCUGGGCAGAAAAGCAUCUUUGAAAGCAACUUGAAACCUCAGGCUUAGUUUUUGGGGAUCUAAAAAUAUUUUGCACAUGGUGGUUAAGUCCUCAUUGCUUUUUUUUUUCCUCUCAAGAUUGGCACGUUCAGUGUGAUACUUUACAAGGGUUUCAGGAGCAACUUCAUGGGCUUUGGAGCUGGCACUGCAUUUGGCAUACAUGGGUGUUUCUGUUCACAGAGCAGAAGUGCCAAUAAAGAAAUUUUAAAAUAUUUCCAAUCGCCCCGACCAGGGAAGCUUAAGUGUAGCUUUCACAAAUGCUUCAGUAUUUGGCUCACAGUCUGCUGCUUCUGUGGCCAUUUGUGCUUGUGCCUGGGAAAAAAAAAAGGGAAAAAAGAAAAAAAAAGAAGACAGAAACAACCAACCCCCCCCAGCCUGUUGUGGACAGAAAUGCCGAGGAGACCCAGACUGCUUCGGAAAGGCUUUGGGCAGCUGUGCAAAGGGCUGUGCUGCAGCAGGGAAGCACCAAGCCAGGACUGACUCUGCAGUACCAAGCCCUGCACCCCAGAGCCUCCAGCACAGCCCCCAGGGGCUCCUGGCCAGGAGGGGCCCAGCCCAGCCUGGGAUCCACGUCUCUGCCUCGCCCCAGUGAGCCGUGUGUGUGUGGCAAGCUCAGCACUAACCUUCCAGCUGUGCUUCAUUACUUGAAUGUAUCCAAAUCGUCCACAUUCAAUGUAUACAAGUAUAUAUUGCUCCAACAAAAAAAAUUAAAAUUGUGGUUUACAGAUCUACAACCGGUAUAUAUGUAUGUGUUUGUGUAUAUACAUGCAAGGCUGUGUGUGUGUGUGUGUAUGUGUGUGCAUGGGUAGAGAUACACACACAAACACAAACGUGUAUAUAUAUGUUUGUUUUUUUUCUCUCAAUACUUGAAACUUAGCCACUGUGCUUGAAUUAAAAAAAAAAAAAAAUUUAAAAAACCAACAAAAAACCCACACAAAAUAACCCCAAAAGUAGGGGAGGAAAAAAAAAAAGAAAAAUCUGACAGGUGAUUUAUUUUGCCAUCACUUUGGUGACUUUCUUUUUUAUCUAACUGCAUGUAGCGUGAAACCAACUUUUUUGGUGAAAAAUAUUUAUUGCUUUGUAGACAAUAAGGUAUGCAAAAAAAAGGAAAAAUAAAAAAACAAAGAAAAUACCCCAAAAACCAACCCCCAGCCAUUGCUGAAGUUGCUAGUGUAGUCCACCUGCUAUUGUCAUGGCUUUGUUGCUGUUGCAGCGUUUGUGUCUGGCGUCUUUAAUAGAUUUCAAGAAACCUCAGUCUAAUUACACGUACCUUCAGGUUUGUGAGAGCGUAUGAUGAUGUUCUUUAUAAGGUAAUGCUUGAUACUUUGUCAACAUUUUUUAUUUGUGUUUUGUGUGACUUUUUUUUUUUGGCUUUAAAUUGUACAACACCGAUUUAAGACAAUAAAAUUGAUUUGAAAUUGUUA